AGUCUGCGGCCAGCGGAGCGCACUCUCGGGUGGGCGGAUCGUAGCGGUGACAGCGACGCUCGGAGACUCCCGAACAAACUGUCAAAAAGCAGACAAGUAACGCCAUGGCGGAGUUAGACCUGAGUCUGAGUGACGCGCUGACGGACAGCGUUCCCCAGUCAGGCCCUGAGAGCCUGGUGGAGAGGGACUUUGUGGCUCAGCUGGAGGCGGAGGCCUUCGACGAUCAAGUCGGGGAGACGGUGGGAAAGACAGAGUAUGUCCCCCUGCUGGACAACGAUGACACCAGAGCAGACACGGGUACUGCGUUGGAGAAUGGAGAGCAGGAAGCUCAGGGUGUGCAAAAGCCUGGUUGUAAGCUGACCGCAGGGGGACCGACAUCAGUGUUGCGCCCAGAGCCACAGGGAGAGGUGCGGACACACUCACUGGACCAGCAGCAGGCCUUGGCUACAGACUUCUUAUCAGCCUCCAUGGCAGGUUAUUCAGAUUCUCUGGGCUCCCAGACCAGCUCAGCCCAAAUGAUGGAUUCUGGCCUAAUGGGAGCUUUUUCAGGUUUCUCCCAGCCUUCAGGAUUGGGGUUGAAUGUGGAGGUGGGUGCAGCCCCCCUCUCAGCAGAGAGACCUUCAAGUAUAGCUGAACCCCAGCAGCCCACUCCCCCAGCGGCAUCAGACGCUCCUAAAGAGCACAGCCCCAUGCUGCCUGAACCCCAGACUCCUCGCAGCCCUCUGGAUCUGUCAGAAGGUGCCUUAGGCGACUGCUGGCCAGACCAGGCUGGCUGCCUACCGACAGACCUCCCUUUCACCCCCAGUGUCUCCAAUGUGAUAAAUCGCCAUGCCAGACAUCUCGCAACCACCCCCGAUGACCCACCUGAAAGCUGGCCCAGUCGUGAGAGCACCACCUAUGCUGGAGGCGACGAAAGGGAGGGAGAUGGAGCAGACCGAAAACAGAAGAAGAAGAAGAAAAGGCGACAGAAAGAUGAGGGUUCUUACGAAAACCUCGAGAGCAAGGGCCACCCUGAGGCGCAAGCACAGGGAGAAAACACUCCCCCAGCAGAGGAGUUCUACCAAAGGAUUGGCCCAAGGCGGGAUAGAGGAGAGGGCGGCUGGGAGGAGCAGCUUGGGAAGAGUGGAGGCCGGGGGAAGAGGGGGAAGAACAGAAAGAAGAUUCCUGAGGAGUGGGGAGUGGUGCCAGAACCAUUUGUCCCUUCAUCCACAGCGACCUCUCAAAAAACAGAGGAGGCGAUAAUGGAUCUAGGGAGUCCAGCUCAGGCAAACCCGGAGGCCUCCUUUGAAGAUAUGGACACCAGCCAGGGGAAAAAGGAGGUCUACCCAGAAGAAGGCCUACUACCUUCCGCUCUGUCCCAGGACCUAUUCUCCCCUACAGCUGCUUCCAUUAGCCCACUGGUCCUCAACAGCGAGCUAAAAGCCACAGCAGCUCCAUUCACAAUGCCCUCCACCACCAACACUGGAACAGUUGGCUCCUUACCCACAACUCCUCGCCCUGAUGAUCCAUUUGACCUCCUGAUGGAUAGCGAAAAUGCUAGCCUGGGCAAUAGCAGCCAGGCUUUUUCUCCAUCUUUCACUCCAGAAAAUGAAGCGGCAGUUGGUGACAUGGUUGACAGCGGGAUGUUUGACAACUCCAGUUCCUUCCAAGAGUCUUGUGUGCAAGUCACCAUGCCUGAAAGCGACACCUCAGCUUUUAGUCCUGCCUCCCAGCCAAGCCCAGCCCUUUCCAUGAAAGGUGAGGUGUUAGCUUCAGCUCCACCUCUUUCACCCUCAGAUGCUUCAUGGCUCCUGAACGACUCCCACAUGAGCAGCAAAAGCGAGUUAUUUGACUUCACUGACAUGAGCACCUCAGGUCAUCCUUUACCCUUAGGCCUGGCCUUCGACACCCCAAGCCCAGCCCCUCUCCGCUCCCCCAAAACUACAGCUCAGGAAUCCCAAACCAAAGAACACAAAGAUGCCAAAUCGACCCAGAAACAAUCUAAGAAGUCUCGUUCUUCAUCUUCUUCCUCCUCUGUAAAGAGUCCUACCUCCCCAGGGGCUAAGAAGUUCCCUACACAGGAAUCUCCAGGAAUCAGCCCCUCUUCCCCUCCAUCACACAGCCCUCUGGGAGCUCCAGGAUCUGGUCUUAACCCUGCAGCUAAGCCCUUCUUUCCCAGCUUUGCUGAUCCCAUGGAAGAACCAGCUGUGGCCCCUCCAGUUGCCCCUACUGAAGUAAAAUCAGACAAGCUGGAGAAGGCAGAGAAGAAGGAUGAGAAGCUGGAGGACAAUAUAAAGAAGGUGGACCUGUUUGACCCCCUGGAUAACGUUGAGCAUAAGAGCGUGAAGGUUGAAUUCACAAGCAGUGAGCCUUCAGUCAAGGUGGAGAGAGAGGCAGAGAAGGAAAAACAGAAAGAAACAGAAAAGGAGAUGGAGAAAGAGAGGGAGAAAGAGGCCGAAAAGAUUAAAGAGAAGGAGAAAGAGCCAGAAAAGGCUGAAGACAAAGAGAAGGAGGCCGAAAAGAUGAAAGACAAAGAGAUAGAAAAAAUGGAAUCAAUGCAGCAGAAGACAGAAAAAGAGGAUAAAAUGAACAAGAUAGAAGACUCACCAGACGAAUGGAUGAAGACAGAGAACGUAGACAAGACAGAGAAAACAGUUAAAGUGGAGAUGACAGACAAAGUAGAGAAUAAAGCUGAGAAAGCAGAAAAUGUGGAAAAAGUGGACAUCAAUGAAAAGCCCAAAAUGGAAGACAAAGCAGAGAACAAAAACACAGAGAAGACUGAGAAAACAGAGAUGAAGGACGGCAAAGAUCAGCACAUUGACAUAGUGGAAAAGACCCCAGAGCAACAGCCGACACCCGUCAAGCUUGAUACCAGUUUUGACAAGCCAGAGAUGAAGGCUGACACGGAGACAAAGGUGACAGUAGAGGUGGAAGAAACCAAGAAUGAGAAGGCUGACACAGACACAGCCAAGAAGACAGAGAAAGAGGACGAGGUGGAGAAACUGCCGGAGAAACCGUCAGAGAAGCCAGCCGAAAAACCAACGCAGAAGAACGAAAAGGAAGAAAAGCAGGACAAAAUGCAGGGUGAAAAAAAGACUGUAGAGAAAAAAGAUGACAAAAAGGACAAGGCUGUGAAAGCAGAUGGAGGAGAGAAGGCCAAAAAGGCAAAACCUGCGACUAAUGGCAGCAGUGCAACACCCAGCAAAGACCUGGCAAGUGCAGACAAGAAGACCAAGCCUGCUGCCGGGGUGACCAAACUGAGCGCCACUGCCAAAACACGGCCGAGCUCUGCGGCUGCCAGUGGUGGUUCAGCCGCAGCCCCUACUAGGCGCCCCACACCCUCCUCCACCACCUCCACCUUAGACAAAAAACCAACCACAGCCAGGGCACCAUCCACAGCCGCUGCUGGCCUAAAGCGGCCCUCCACCACCUCUACCAGCCGCCCCUCAUCCUCAACCACUGCCACUUCACGUGACAUCAAACCCAAGACAACUGCAGAGAAGCGCCCCCUUGUGCCAAAGACAAGCACUGCCACCUCAAAUCUUACAGGCUCCACUGCAGCCAGAAAUGGAACUGCUACAGCAGCCAGUAAAACCGCUACAUCAAUGCGCACAACGGCGUCUACUCGCACUGCUACCACCGCUGCAGCCAAAAGGCCUCUGGCCUCUAAGACAGACAGCAAACCAGGAGAGGAGAAGAAGCCCAGCACUCUGAGGACUUCUACAGCUGACUCUACCAAGCCCAAGAGCACCACAACCCGCAGCUCUGUUUCCACCACCGCUGCUUCUCGCACCCGAACCACAGCAGCCAAACCGGCCACACCCUCCUCCGCCACUGGCUCAGUACCUGAGAAGAAGCCCCCUGUGCCCCGCAUCCCCCGGGCCACUUCCUCAGCCACUUCCACUGCAACCACCGCUUCAAGGACCACAUCUCGCCCCAGCCCAGGGACGGCCCCGGACAUCCGCAACGCCCGCUCUAAGAUUGGCUCUACGGACAACAUGAAGCACCAGCCUGGAGGAGGGAAGGUGUCAUCUGCCUCUCAGAGCAGGGGCGUCGCCUCCAAAGAAACAAGCCAGGGCAAAGUUCAGAUAGUCUCCAAAAAGCUGGACUUCAGCCACGUUGGCUCACGCUUGGGCUCCAAGGACAAUAUGAAGCAUGUUCCUGGUGGAGGGAAUGUGCAGAUACUCAACAAGAAGGUGGAUUUGAGUAAGGUGACAUCAAAGUGUGGCUCCAAGGACAACAUCAAGCAUAAGCCUGGUGGUGGCGACGUGAAGAUCGGGUCCCACAAAAUGAACUUUAGGGAAAAGGCUCAGUCCAAAGUGGGCUCCAUGGACAAUGUGAGCCAUGCACCUGGUGGAGGAAACAUCAAGGCUGAGGGGGCCCAGGAGACAACAGAGGGGAAUGGGACUCCCCUGAGUGGCACCCCGACCCCAGCCCCAGGCUCCGAGCCAGGGCAGGCGGGGAGCCCUGCUGCCCAGGAGAAUGGGCUGAAGGAGGGGGCUCCCUGUGAUAGUGAGGGCCUCCGGGAGCCCCAGGCUCUGGACUCACGCAUCCCAGAGACAAGCAUCUAAUUCUGCUAUCCCUUUGCCCUCCUCACUUCUUCAUCUCAACCCCCCCCCCCUAUAACAUCCUUCUCCUCUCUACCUUUGUCUCGACUUCUCUUUCUCCCUCACCUCCUCCAACCUUUCUGCUGCAGAUUGAGUCUUUCAAGCUCAACUUCCGCGAGAAUGCUCGCUCUCGCACGGACCACGGCGCCGACAUCAUCACCUGGCCAGCCCCCCAGGACAACAACAGACCCCACCCACACGUUUCCUCCUAUUAUCUACACCACAACCACCCGACUCCACGCAGUGUCUCCUUCAACGAGUCGUUGGCUUCUGCAGGCUGUACCGGCUCCCCCUCUGCCCCCUCCUUGCUGCAUCUUCAGGGGGAGGUCCAGGGGGACAACAGCAGCCCCUUAAAGGGAUCUUGACCUUUCUUGACCCUCUCAAGCUCUUAAAACCUCCUUUUAUCUUUAAGCUCUAAUUAAAAAUUAUGACUCAUCUAAAAGAUUUGCCACUUCUAGUAUCAUGUUGUCAUGCCUCUUCUCUCACAUUUGAGCUCAUCAUCAUGCACCAUCGCCCUCAUCGUUUGCCACCCUCACCUUACUAUAUUUGGCUGAAGCGACUGUAUAGACUAAGAUUGGGCCUCAGUGGGAAUCUAUGUGAAAGGAAAUGAGCGGACGGAAGGUGUUCUCAUAUAUUUUGGUUGCAUCUUCUCCGAGGAGGCUAAUAAGGAAUUGUUGGUUUCCCACAGCCCGGUGGUGGACCCUCGGAAACCUGCGUCAUCCUGCCUCCACACCCUAAAAAAACAGCAGUUCAUUUGUCAACUGAAUGAUGUGGAGACCCCCUCUUGGACUAACCCAUGGCUCCUGUCACACACACACACACACACACACAUAGCUUCUCUUUUCCUUGUGACUUUUAGGGGCCGUUUGUUCCCAGUAACCACUGACUCUCUGCUUCAAUAAUAUCAUAGUAACUCAUCGUCUAUCUCAUCGUCUCCUCGUCUCUCUUCACUCUCCAUCUUAGGAUCACUCACCAUAAACAAGCUGACAUACAUACAAAAAAAAGCUAAACAACAAGUAGGCUGUUUGAACCAUUUUAGGCUGUUUAACUCUUUAUUCUCUGUGUUUGUGAUGAUGUGUUUGAGUGACAAACUUGUGUAAAAAUGAGCUUUGGUGUUCUGAUCUGAUCUUACUUUCUGUCUUUUCUCGAGUUUUCUUUUUCCCUCCUAGUUUUUUAAUUUGAAAACAAGGGUUUAUUUAUUUAUUGUAUGUUUCUUCCUGUAUAAGCAAUACAGCGGGACGGUCUUUCUUUUUUCCGAUAGCACUCAGAAAAUCUUGGAAACGCACAGGUUUUUUGUAAACCAAGGCACACACAGUGAAGAAAGAGAUGACAUUCAGAGGGAGGGAGAAUGUGAAUGAAGGAGGUGUUGCUAGGACGGUGAAAAAGAUGCGUUUGAAGUGUGUUUUUACGUGUAUGACUAAAUAGCAAAAGACGUGUCGAACCUGAAGGUGUUUUGAAAUACAAUAGAGAGAGUUGCUUAAGUAGAGAAGCUUUAACUGAGCAUGCAGUCCAGAGGGUGAUGAGGAAGAUGUUUAAACGCUGCAGAUACAAAAAAAAAAAAAAAUGUCUCUGACGUUAAAGGAGCUGUGUGUCUCGUAUGUGCCUCCUGUCCUUCUUACCUGAAAACUACAGUAAACGAGGUCGAUGCAGGCUCGCACCUAAAACUGCUCAGAGAAAGAGACUGUCGUAGUUGACGAAAACGGAAAUAAAAAUGCGAGGAGCGACUUGCUGUUUUUUAAGAGGAUUCUGUAAAUCAAGGUGUCCUGGUAGUUGUUUGUAGUCAUGGUUGUCGUCCCAUUUCAGGUGUUUCUAUUAGGGUAAUGGUAGCAUGUUGUUUGGCGGUUGGCAAAAAGCUUUCAGCUGAAGACUAAAAACAUCUAUAAUAUGUGUUCAGCACUUUUCUCGUUGGCAGUGGAACAUGUGGCUUAUCCUCUUCUCUUGUAGCAAUGUAUUCAACUGUUGCCUCCAAUUGCCUUUUAUAAUGCAUGGCCAGAUAAUAUAAUAUCAUGCCCAGAGCUGAAAGCCUAUGUGCAUUAUAACUCAAGUGUUGUGGUUUGGUACCGUGUGUCUACCCCCUGGGGCAAUUUGUAACAGUGAUGGGCAGGAAGAAAUCUAUUCUGAUGGUUGCAGUUUCACCUCUUAGUUUAGUUGAUUCCAAACUAGGUGCUGAUCUGUAUACAAUGACUCCAUGGCUCAAACUUACAGAGAUGGAUUAUUGGUGGGAUGGUAUUUUUAGUAUAAGUUCUUUUUUUUUUUUAGCAGUUAAUUAUUUCAGUGAUUUAUCAGCUAAAAAAGCUGAGUAAAAUUGGUUCUGCUCAUUAUCAGCUUGCCAGCCAUCACUGCAUCGCAUCCUCGCUCCGUUUUAAGUAUAGUGUUAUAACAAGGGCUGGGUAUCAUUUACUAAUGCUACUGAUACCAAAACAAUAAUUACCAAUACCUUAAACUUGCAUUUGCUUUCACUUUAAGGAAUAUAAAGAUUUUUUUUUCUACAAAACCCUUGUGUCAUUUAUGAAAAGAAGCCAAACUUCUCAAAUGUUGACUGCUGUCUAAACACAAGCAGCCACACGAGAACUUUGCCAACGUUAAAUAGUCUAAAAUUGGCAACAGAAACUAUCUGAUCAAAAAAUAAGUGCAGAUAAUUAUGAAUCUGACUGCAUAUUCAUUGCCAGCUUUUCAGUUUUAGAUAUUCAUACUACUACAACAGACACAUUUCAGAUGGUAGCAAAAAAUACCCAGCUCUAGUUAUAAUACUGAUCUAGUGAAAAAAGGAUAAAGCAAUUUACAGUUUGGAUUAUAUGCAUACAACAUCUCCACCACAGUUAAUUUGUUUGAGUAAAAAGUCAAAUUAAAUAAAAUUCUUGUCAGAGAUUUAACAAGUUCUAAAAAAAACAACAAAAAAUCAUGUCUAUUUAGUUAAUCCAGUUUUAGAAGCACAUCUUCACUGACUGCCCCUCAGAGGUGACAUAAAACUACAAAAACACUCCUGAAUUUUUUUUAUUCAAACUGUCACUUUAAUAACGGUCGGUGAAGAAGCUUUGACACAACUAAAUUGCACCUUAAUGCUGGAAUAUAUCAAAGAGGGCUCACUGUGAUGGAGUGGUGGUAUUUAAUUAACAAUUCCUCUAUGAACAAGUGAUCCCGGAUGACUUAAUUAUGAAUGAGCUUUUGUGUGAUGAAAUGAACAGAGCAAGAACUUUCCCUCUACUAUUAAAUCAUGAAUUGAAACACUAUUCAGUUUAGAUUCACUCAUUUUGUUCUACAUCAGAAUCCCUGUUAAUUUGAUUAACACGAUUAAUCUAACCAAGAAAGAUCCUGUUUUGGUUUUUACAUAAAUGGGCAAUAACGUCGAAUUAAUGUCUUCUGAAUGCAGAUGUUGGAGCGCUUCUCUGCCAGUCAAUGAUUGAGUCUUGCAUUAAAAAAAAAACAGCUGUCAUCAAAUAGUUGAAUUUCUUUGUUUGUGCCACGGCUGUUGGCUAGCUAAACUUCUCCUUGUGCCUGUCCCAUAAACAUGUUAGCUUUGCUUUUACCCCAGGGUUUUUACUUACCACUACUUAUGAUAUUGCACACAGAUGUAUAUAGAUAUUUUAUUGUUGAUGCUCUCUUAUUGGCCCUAAAAUCAAGAACAAAACAAAGUACCGCAGCAGCUGGGGGGUUUGGUGGGUGGGGGGUUUCAAGGUUGUUCAGAACAGCUUUUAUGUCCAUGUACCUUUAAUGGUUUUUGAAAGGGGAAGAACAUUUUAUCAUGACUAUUAUGACUAUUUGUUCUUAUUAUUAGUAUGGCGAAAAUUACUGUUGAAAAAGUCUGCCCUUUUUAUUAGAAAGGGGCCGCUGAAGUGAAAGAAUGUCUUUUGAGAUAUAUUGUACUAAAGACGCAACACUUUUGUAUAUGUAUUUAUCGUUGUGUUACUGUAGGCUCAUGGUGGUUGUGCUCUCAUGGUUGGAGGGGUUUUACUUUUCGGUUUGUGCGGCUUCACAAACCUUCCUGGAGUUUCUCCAAGGAAAAAGACUAGAUUUUAACCCCAACGCAACAGUUACAAAGUCAGCUUGAGAAUCUCAUAAAACCAGAUUCUCCUCACAGCCCUGUAACAGCAUCUUGAUAUAGAAAUGUUUAACUGGCGACAUAGAGCUUCAUUAAUUCAAGACAUUUUUAUCAAAAUUUAUAGCAUGGGUUGAUGCCUACAUACUAUUAACACAUGAGCACAAGCCCAGUCUUAAGAGAUGAAAAUAAUAUUCUGAUUAGCUGGUAAACGUUUUUUUCUUUCAGAAUACUGUGACCUCUUCAGGUUCAUAUGAUAAAAGAAUAAAGCAGACUGGGACUAAAAGCUAAUGCACCUGAAUCAUGACACUUAAUAUCACACAGUGGACCUGGGAAUCUCUUGUUUAAACAGGCAGUAAGUGUAGAGGUCGAUGUAAAGGCCUAUAAUUUUGGGAGCACUGCUGCCUAGCAUAUCAAUACAUAUUGUACGCUACAUAUGGCACUCAAAGAGCAGCGGUCUGCCCUGGAGAGUCACACACACCGAGACCCUAACACACCCUUGUUUAAGGUUUAAGAAGACUAACUGUAGCUGUCAGGUUUGGCUUGUGUAACAAAGGCUCCCGUAAUCUAUCCAAGGAGCCGUUGUAGAGCUUCAUCUACUGCUGCCGCGCUCAUACCAGACAUGCAAGUGUAACACUAGCUAAUAAACACCUAUUGUACCUGCAGAGCAUGCUGAAAAACAACAAUGGGAUGUGUUAGGUAGACUUACUAUGUCAUUUGCAGAACCUCCUUAUUGUUUUUUUUGUGUGUGUGUUUUUUUUUUUUUUUCAUUAAUUUGAAUUUUAUUUUUUGGUUUGGAAAAAAAGUGUUUAUUGUGGUUACUUGUUAAUUAGUGAUGUGAUUAUUAAACAUGAAAUAAAAUGAACUAAAACUCUCA